CAUACGCUGCACCAACAACAAGAGACACACCCAAAAACCAAAAGACACAGAGAGAGUCCGCGCGCACACAAGCGCAAGUGACAAGUGACAACAAGCCCACCUAAAUCUUGAUUUAAAGCUUUAAACUUUUUUAAUCUUUACUUCUUACUCUGCCACCUGCACCAUCAAAGCUCUUCUUUAAUGCUCACAUUUAUAUAAUUUUCUUUCCUUUUUCUUUCUUUCUUUCUUUCUUUCUAUGGGUUUUUAAAGAUUACUUAUGGAAGAGAGAGAACAGAGUUUAUUUCUUUCUUGCUUGUAUAUAUUUCUUAGCUGUUACUCAUUCUAACUGGCAGUGAAGUGUUAUUCUUUAAAAGCCCAUUUUCAUUUUCAUUCACAAUUCCUCCAUUAACGGUCAUUUUUAUCAUCCUUCUCUCUCUCAGUUAUAGCUAUUAGCUAUGUAAUUAUAUACACAUUACCCAUUUCUUCUCAACCUCUUCCUCCCUCUAUAUAUACACUGGGAUCUCAGGUUGAUACUACAAAUUGAACUAAAAAAAGGAAGUGAAUUAGUGUAAGCAGUUCCAUCUAAUAUUUUGUUGCUAGGAAGUUGAGGAUGCUGACGUGUAUAGCUUGUUCUAAGCAGCUUAACAAUGGAUCUCUGCACCAGAGAGAGAGGGAAGAAGAUGAUGAUGAUGCGAUGGAGACACCCAGGACUAGGCAGACUAUUAAGGCUAUUACUGCUCAGAUAAAGGACAUGGCGAUAAAGGCAUCAGGGGCAUAUAGGAACUGCAAGCCAUGUUCUGGAUCGUCCAACAAUAACCAUAAUGAGAAUUAUGCUGAAUCUGAUGCUAUCUCAGACUCAGCAAGGUUUCACUGUUCAUAUCGUAGAACAGGGAGUUCCAAUUCAACCCCAAGGUUGUGGGGAAAGGAGAUGGAGGCUCGACUAAAAGGGCUAUCAUCAAGUGGUGAAGGAACACCUGCAUCAGUUAGCGGGCGAGCAGAGUCUGUGGUGUUUAUGGAGGAAGAGGAACCCAAAGAAUGGGUUGCACAAGUAGAACCUGGUGUACUCAUCACCUUUGUUUCUUUACCUCAGGGUGGGAAUGAUCUCAAACGGAUUCGAUUCAGCCGUGAAAUGUUUAACAAAUGGCAAGCUCAAAGGUGGUGGGCAGAGAACUACGACAAGGUCAUGGAACUAUACAAUGUUCAACGGUUCAAUCACCAAGCAGUCCCCCUUCCAACUCCACCACGCUCUGAAGAUGAGAGCUCAAAGCCUGAAUCUGCCAAGGAUAGCCCUGCGACUCCACCACUUGGCAAAGAACGCCCCCGCAAUUUGUAUCGCCCAACAGGAAUGGGUUAUUCUUCAUCAGAUUCGCUUGAUCACCAUCCUAUGCAAUCCCGUCAAUAUUAUGACUCAGUGGGUCUUGCAUCAACCCCAAAGCUCUCAAGCAUUAGCGGAGCCAAAACUGAAGCAUCGUCGGUAGGGGGUUCUGCUAGGACUAGUUCGUCAAGAGACGCAGAUCACUCAGGAGAGCUUUCUGUGAGUAAUGCAAGUGACAUGGAGACUGAAUGGGUUGAACAGGAUGAACCUGGAGUUUACAUCACCAUUAGAGCACUUCCAGGUGGCACUAGAGAGCUUAGACGCGUCAGGUUCAGCCGUGAAAGGUUCGGAGAAAUGCAUGCAAGGCUGUGGUGGGACGAGAAUAGAGCAAGGAUACAAGAACAGUACUUGUGAUAAGAAAACUGACUUGGGAUGGUGCUUAGAAAUUGUCUUGUUUUUUUAACCAUUUUAGUUUAAAAUUUAAACAUCCCUUGUCUUGACUGCACCUCACUUUGCUUAGAUAUAUACAUAUAAUAUUUCUUUCUUUCCUUUUUAA